CCCUCCCUCCGCAGGUGCAGCUCAGGCAGCACCAUGGCAGUGCGCCAUUGGCGAGCAAUGGUGGUGGGAGUUGCGGCACUGCUGCGCCUGGGGCUGGUGGUCUACGGGAGGUACCAGGACGAGGCCCUGGCGGUGAAGUACACGGACGUUGACUACCAGGUGUUCACAGACGCGGCCCGGCACGUGGCCACGGGGCACUCACCCUACCGCCGGGCCACCUACCGCUACACCCCGCUGCUGGCCUGGCUGCUCAUCCCCAAUAUCUGGCUCUCAGAGCUCUGUGGCAAGCUGCUCUUCGUCAGCGGCGACGUGGUGGCCGCCUGCCUGAUGGAGCGCAUCCUCCGCCUGCGGGGGCUGGAGCCUGGCGCCGCCUGCGGCUACUGCGCCCUCUGGCUGCUCAACCCGCUGCCCAUGGCUGUGUCCAGCAGGGGUAACGCGGAGUCCCUGGUCACCGUACUUGUGCUGGUCACUGUGUUAUACUUGGAGAGAAGAGACAUCGCAAAAGCUGCCAUGUUUUAUGGCCUUUCUGUGCACAUGAAAAUCUACCCGGUGACUUACGCCCUGCCCAUCGCCCUGCACCUGGGCUGUGGCAGAGGGCCAAUGGAGACCGUCCCAUGGAAUGCAUCCAAGCCUGGCUUUGCGAACUACUUUGGGCAGCUUUUCUUCAGGCUGCUGAGCCCGGAUGUGUUGCUUUUUGGGGCGGUGGCUGGCGGUACCUUUGCUGCCUUGGGCCUUGCAUGCUACUUCCUGUAUGGUUGGGAGUUUCUGGAGCAUGCCUACCUCUACCACUUGACCAGAAGGGAUAUUCGGCAUAACUUCUCCCCCUAUUUCUACAUGUUGUACCUGACUGCAGAGAGCGAAUGGAGUUUUGCCCUCGGUCUCGCCGCUUUUCUGCCACAGCUGCUCUUGCUUCUAGUGGUGUCCUUGGUCUAUUACAAAGACUUGGCCUUCUGUUUCUUCCUGCACACUGGCAUCUUUGUGAGUUUUAACAAAGUGUGCACAUCCCAGUAUUUCCUUUGGUACUUGUGCCUGCUGCCACUCGUCAUGCCUGUUAUCGGGAUGUCCUGGCAUCGGGGUGUACUGCUUCUCCUUCUGUGGUUUAUUGGACAGGCACUGUGGCUGGCUCCUGCCUACUUCCUGGAGUUUAAAGGAAACAACACCUUUUUACUUAUCUGGUCGGCAGGCUUGUUCUUCCAAUUUAUUAAUUGCUUCAUCCUAGUUCAGAUUAUUUCUCACUAUCAUAAAGGAACACAAGCAGCCAAGAAAUCCAAGGCACAUUAAUAUUAGGUCUGUGUGUGAGUCAAAUUCUGCAAGCAGUUCUGUUGACUUAGAGGAAACUGCUUACCUGGGUAAUUUGGUUUAGUAAAAGUGUAUGUACUGUAUACAGGGGUAUAGGUUGUAGCCAUGUUAGUCUAAUAAAAGAUAUCAAAUUUACCAAAAGAACC